UACGAUCCCGAACAGGCAUUUGAAAUGGUUAUCGAAUGGAUGGUCUCCACCGGUAACUCAAUAUCAGAGAUAGUAAUGGGUUGGAGUCGAAAGGCCGCCUCUACUGGCCUUCAUUUGGUUCCGAUACCCGCCGAUCCAUUUGCUCUGCCAUUUUCGAGUAAAUCGGAUCCACUUCGAGGUCCCAUUUAUAUCACGCUUAGUAUCGAUAGUUUGCCCAAAAUGGCCACAAAACUACUUGAAGGCGAAGGAUUAUUCAAUUUUCAAGAGAGGAUUUUAGUAAAGUUUGGUUUCAUCCCAUUCCACGACCCGACCACUGAUAAUCAACGACAGUUUGUUCACGUGAGCGGCAGUAUAUUCGUUAUGAUUCCCAGCAAAAACCCCGCCUCCAGUCCCUAUAAAAGUGUCCGAAAACGAGGCAAACUCUUGAAGGUUGACAACAACGAUACGGCCUGCAGUCCUCACGAAGAGUACAUAACCCGUCACUUCAGUGGUGUAAAGCAAGCGGGAGAGUCCGCUCACAUCGACGCCAAGGCAUGCAUACAAUGCAUGAAUUGA